CGCUUCGGAACCCUGCAGCUCGAAACAAGCUUGACUGCUGAAGCUGUCAGAAGGAGUCAGGAUUGGCGCAGGAUUGCCAUAUUGUAACAGCCAGAUAGUAUCCUUAUGAGAACUCUCUUGAGUAUCCUGUGAUCUCCAGUCAUGGCUAGUCCAGAUGAUUUAAAGUUUCAGGAGUUUGAGGAAGCCACAGAUCUCCUGUCUUCAAAUCCUGGAGCCUCGACCCUCAGCGUCUCCAGCCCCGGCGCAGCAGCCUCCUCUGGAGAUGUCAGAGUUGACCUGUCAGACGAGGAAGACAAUCAGGAAGAGAGUUCAGAGUUGCUUGGAGGUGAAAAACAAACUGGUGGUUUUUGGACGUUUGAGUACUAUCAGUCAUUCUUCAAUGUAGAUACAAUGCAGGUGCUGGAUAGGAUAAAGGGCUCGGUCAUGCCUUUGCCAGGACGGAAUUUCGUCAAACACCACAUUCGAAAUAACCCCGAUCUCUAUGGUCCUUUCUGGAUCUGUGUGACUCUAGUGUUCUCAGUGGCCAUCAGUGGAGACCUCUUCACAUUUCUGAAUGAAAUGGGAGACCCGGGGUUUCACUACAGACCUCAAUUCAACAAAGUCUCGAUUGCAGCCGUCACUGUGUUCCUCUAUGCAUGGCUGGUGCCUCUAGGAGUUUGGGGCUUCCUAACGUGGCGUCAAAGUGUUGAGAGACACAUCAGCGGUUACACGUUUUUAGAGACUGUGUGUGUCUAUGGUUAUUCUCUGUUCAUUUAUAUCCCUGCCUCGAUAUUAUGGACCAUUCCCAUCAACUGGCUCGAGUGGCUAUUGAUUAUCAUUGCCUUGGUGAUCUCGGGCUCAGUGUUGGUAAUGACAUUCUGGCCGGCUGUGCGCGAUGACACAAGACUAACAGCAUUCGCUACUAUGGCAGUAAUAGUGUCACUUCAUGCCCUUCUGGCUGUUGGCUUUAAGCUCUACUUCUUCAAAACACCAACAUACACAGGAUCAUCGCACUCCGGACAACAGACUAGCCCAGCCACAAAUCACACAACACUUGCUGCGGAGAAAGUCUCAACCUGACCAACUGAAUGGGAACCUAGGAGUCUUUAUAUUCAGGACAUGAAAAAUGUGUAGUAAUUAUGAUAACUGAGCAAUGAAGGAGUUCAGAUUAGUGUGCUGAUGCUUGAUACACACAAGCAUUCCCAACAAACACAUUGAAAGUGUUUCCAGUUUGUAACUAACACAGCAGAUAAAACAACCUCCCUCAGAUCACAAGUAAAAUCACAAUGGCUUACUGAUGACUUUAGUUUGUAAUAUUUUUCUUUAAUACAUAGUGACCUGCCUGAUAAUAUUUUCAAGUGUUAUGGUCACUUGUUUUUUUGUUUAUUUCAAUCAUAAUAGAGUAAUUUAUAAGAGUGAUCUUGUAUUACAGUGAACUGAUUUGAGGUUUUCUUUCCUUGUAGGCUACUUUCUGUAAGUUGAGAGGAAGUACCCGUAUUAAGUAUUUAAUGUUGCUUUCCUGGACAGUUUUCUGCUUGACACUGUGGAUUAAAAUCAUUCUCGUCAGGGUCAAACUCGUCUUUUUGAGCUUGUUUGUUAUGAAUGUGGACAGAUGCAUCACCACUCCGACUUAGGCCACAAAUUACUAAGAAUGUAUGCUUUGCACUUAUUUAAUAUAUAAGUCAAUCUUUUAAGGAUAGUUCAACCAAAAAUGAAACUUUUGUCAUCAUUUACUCAUCCUCAUGUCAUUCCAAACCUGUGGAACAUAAAAUAUUUUAAUCUGAAAAGUGUUGGUAGCCAAACUAUUUUGGUCCCCAGCGACUUCCACUGUAUAGACAAACACUUUCUCAAAAUAUCUCUUAUGUUUCACAAAAGAAAUGAAUAUGGUUUUGAAAUAUUUAUUUUUAGUUGAACUAUCUUUCAAGAAUCAUUUAAAAAGAUACUCCCCCAAAAUUCUCUCAUUUUUCAACCCUCAUGUUACACCUAUAUGACUGACUUUUAUUCUUCCACCAAUCCAGUUCAAUCCGCACUUUUUCAUAAUUUUUUUUUUUUUUUUAAAUGGACAGUGGCUGACAAUCAGAAAGGACAGAACAGAACCUCAAAAUGAGUCCCUAUGACUAAAAGUAGUAGCAUUCUGAAACAAUACAACAACUUUGUAUUAGAAAAAUACUAAAGUAAUUGUUGAAAUUGUGCACCGGCCACUUUAAUUAUAUGGAAAAGAGCAGCUUAGGCAGAAAAAAUUUCUCCUUUUUGUUUCAUGAAAGAUAAAAGUCAUAUGGGUGUCAAACAACAUCAAAUAUUACAGAAUUUUCAAUAACACUUUACAGUAAUGUUAAUAUUUUUGCAGCUUUUAUCUUGGCUAAAUGUUCAUUUCUACAUAAUUUCUCAUUCAUUUCAAGUUGUAUAAACUAACAUUAAUAUAUUUUAAACAAUUAUCAAAAGUAAAUUCAUAAACUGACAUUAACCAUAAUAAAUGCUGUAAAAAUAAAUUAUUUAAUGAUACCAAAAUGAAUAAAAGCAAAUGGAACGCCAGUGUAAAGUGUUCCUUCUCCGUUUAAAGGAAUAGUUCACCACAAAAUUGUAUCAUUAUUUACUCACCCUCAUUUCGUUCCAAACCCGUAUAAAAGUGUUUUUCUUGUGUUGAACACAAAAGAAGAUAUUUUGAAGAAUUCUGAAGAACCAAGCAGUUGUCAGUCCCCAGACUUCCACAGUAGGGAAAGAAAUACUACAGAAGUCAAUGGAGACCAUCAACUUUCUGAUUACCAGCACUCUUCAAAAGAUCCUCUUUUAUGUUCAACAUAAGAAAGAAACUCAAACAGGUUUGGAAUGACAUGAUGGUGAGUAAAUAAUGGCAAAAUUGUCAUUUUUUGGUAAACUAUCCCUUUAAGACAUCCACUUUGCCAUCUAUAACUCACCCAGGGGUGCACCCCCACCCCCGAUGUUAUCCAUAAAACAAAACAAAUGCUACUAUAAGCAGCCACACUUAGGGACUUCUCCAUCAACAUUUAAUUUGCUCCUUUUUUUUGUCUGUUGCUUUUUUUUGUGAAAGAAAACAAAAAGAUAAUUCUACAAACUAGCAGACAUGGUUGUUUUCAUCUCAUGAUCUCAUGACAGUUGCUAAGUCAAACUGAAUUAACUGAAAAAAAAAAAAAUA